AUGUCGGGAACCGAUUUGCCAUACACAUUCGAUCAAGAUCCUUUGGAAAUGGACACUAGUAGUGAAUACCAAAGAGUAGUUGACUAUGGAGGUACCAGCAAUGCGAGAAAAUCAGGAUCUGUUGGAUUUGCAAAAAAAGACAAAAAAGUGGUGUCGAUUGGUGCUGUAGAUAACCGGACACAUGCUCAGUUAUUGAAAACAAGAAACUACUCGACGUCAAAUGCGCCGGAGACUGAACUAACACCACUUCUUCAUCCCUCAGCUUCUUUACCGACAGUAGUUGGAUAUGACGGAUUUUUGGAAGAUUAUCAAACUAGCCACGCUAUCACACGGUCGGAGAUCGGUCAAAAGGAACUUGCGAGAAAGAAACGGCGUCGUCCAAGAUACAAUACACUGCAACAGAACAUUAAAGCAAAAAAACCAAGACCAUUCAUCAUUUCUCCUUUUAUGCCAAUUUCGACACAAAUAUCGGUGGAUGGACCAAGACCAACUGUACUGAAUACAAAAGUUAAUUAUCAAAGUACAGCGGAUACUCUUAGCAUCAAGGAGUCGGAAGAGGGCUCUGAAUCAGACGAAGAGAGUGAAGUUUCGGACCAAGAACAAUCGGUGCCGUUCCUUAAAAGUGCAAUUCGUACUGUAUCUGCCUUAUCAUCUCGACAAAUUUUAUCAAUUUCUAUGCUAAGUCUUGCCAAUCUCUGCUCUACAGUUGCAUUCUCGUGUAUUGCACCUUUUUAUCCUGCUGAAGCUAAACUUAAAAAUUUAUCUGAAACGCAAACGGGAAUUGUGUUCGGAAUUUUCGAGUUCACCAUGUUCAUAAUAUCACCCAUUUUUGGAAAAUAUAUUAUAUGGAUUGGAGCAAGGAGAAUGUUUAUUGUAGGAAUUGCUGUAACUGGACUGACUGCCAUUCUAUUCGGCGUUCUUGUUCGAAUAUUGGAAGCCGUUGGAGAUGCGGCUUUUGUCACUUCAAGUUUUGCUAUUGCAGCCAAAAGUUUUCCGAAAAAUGUCGCCUUUGUUGUGGGAAUAUUAGAAACGUUCGCGGGCUUGGGUUACACGGCUGGUCCGGUGAUUGGUGGAUUUUUCUAUGACAUUGGCGGAUUUCAAUUACCAUUUUUAGUCCUGGGAAUUGUGCUUCUGGCAGCAAGUGUUUUAGCUUUUUUCUUGAUUGAGAAUAGCAAAGAUGACCAAAGUUCGCCGGAAGACAAAGGAAUGAUGGAAAUUUUGAAGCUUCCCCCAAUAUGGUUACCAAUAUUCUCGGUCGUAGCUUGCGCUAUCUCUUUAUCGUUCUUGGAUCCAACAUUGUCAAACCAUUUAGAAUCAUUCAAACUAACGCCAACUGAAAUUGGAUUGAUGUUCUUGCUAUGUGGAGGGUUCUAUACAGCAAUGUGUCCUAUUUUCGGAGCAGUAAUGGAUCGUUUGCACAAUGGAAACACUUUACUUCUGUUCGGAUCCAUUGCAACACUAUUAUCAAUGUUUUUCAUUGGACCAACACCUCUGCUCAGUGGAUAUGUAGAAAAGGAUCUUUGGGUCAUUGGUAUAUCACUAGCUGUGCUCGGAUUGGCGGCAAGUGCUCUUUAUAUUCCUUGUUUCCAGAUGUGUUUAGAUGAAGUCAAAGAGCAAGGUUUCGAGGACAAUUUUCAUACAUAUGGAUGUGUUUCUGGAAUUUUCCAAGCUGCUUUCGGAUUUGGUUCUUUCAUCGGACCAACUUUUGGGAGUGUUGUGGUGGAGAGAGUUGGAUUUAGAUGGACCACAACAAUGAUUGCAUUCCUACACAUAAUAUUGGAUUAUGCAAAACAGCAAGCUGAGAAACAUAAACGGAAAAUAAUAUUGCCAACUUGCAUAUCUUGGGAGUACGGUUCUAACAAGUUUGCUUCACAGAAAGGUCAAUCUGCGUUUGGAACAAUCCGAAAUACAAAACUGAAUAACGACUCUGAUGUGCAAUACUGGAAGAAGAACAAUGUAGUUCAUUAUGUAUAUGAGCAAGUUCCGGAAGGCAGUAAAAUCUCGCAUGGUGAGCAACAGAAUACAAAUUCUCUGCCAAAAUUUGAAUCCCAUGACAACGUCAACGAUGAGGAAACUCAAUACAAAGCAUGGAUUGGUGGACAAACAACAACAUUCACUCCUGCUGAAGGACUUGACAAGAAGUAA